AUUUCUUAAAUAUCCAUAAUAUUUUAAACGUGAAUCCCAUCGCAUCCGAAACAGAAAUCAAACAUGAAGGCAAUCGUUAUUAUACUUGUCGUUUUCGUCGUCGCUGCCUUGGGUGGACUUACAGACGAGCAAAAAGCAAGAUUAAAAACAUAUAAAGAAUCUUGUAUCAGUGAAACUGGUGUUGACCCAGUCGCGGUAGAAAAUGCAAAACGCGGAGAAAUGGCCGAAAAUGAUGAAAAACUCGCCUGCUUCGCCAAUUGUUUGUUACAAAAAAUUGGAUUCAUAAGUGCAGAUGGAGAUGUUAACUGGGAAGUAAUUCGGGCAAAAGUACCAUCUGACGUAUUGCAAGAUCAAGUCGAUCAAUUACAAAAUAAGUGCCAAGGUGUUGAUGGAAGCGGUUGCCAGAAAGGAGCUAAACUGUUUAAAUGUUUCUUGAAGAACAAGAAUUUUCAUCUUUUGUCAUAAGCGGAUGAGACCAAGUACUACAACUUAAAUGAAUCUCAUUAGAUUUAGUGUCUAUUUUUAAUAAUAUCAAAAUAUUAUUUUAGAAAUUGAGAUCGGUAUAUAAAGCUUGAUUAAAAAUAAAUAUUUUACUGCAAAUUU